AUGAUUAUAAAACAACUUCAAAAUUUGGUAAAGACAUUAUCCCCUGUGCGCCAAUUUAUUCAAGCUAUAAGUGGUACAAUAGGCAAAUAUCUAGAAGUUCCGGAAGACAGUUCUAAAAUACAACUAGAUUAUGAAGCAAUUUUCAAGAAAACUGACACUGUUGUACUAAAAGGCGACAUUACUUAUAGCCAUUCCAAGAACACAAAACCUAAUCGGACCUACGCAGUUGAAUCUUACUUGAACUCUGCGAAUAAAAUUUUCGUUCAAAACAGGAUGGAUCCAGGGAAGCUACAAAACGUCCUGUUGCAAUUUAAGAGUUGUAAUAAUAGUAGCGAUCCCAAAAAGUGGUACAAAUUAGUCUAUGUAAAAUAA